CUUAGACUUGGACAUCUCACAAUCAGUUUAUAUUCCAACACACUCUUCGCCUUGGCCGCGAUCCUCAUCGUCUGUCUUUGUCUCUCCAACAAUGCUUCCAAACAUGGCGUAAAAUUGCUUCGGCUUCGAUAGUCUCAAGCCAGACACUUUGCGCAUCUCUCCUGGUUAUUUCGUCAUUGAUUGCAACUUUUCCAACAGUUUUCUCUCAACUCAUCGCAAGAGGGCACAGCUGCCUUGACAGGCUGCAGACCUUCUCAUGCCCCGUAGAGUUCCCAGUCCCGAUAAUGAUGAGCGAUCUCCGCUCAUACGAGCCGUGAAAUUCCAGCAGAAUGACGUUCCACAACAGCCACUUACGGAGUCGUCAACCUCUGAAGACGAGUCUUCCACGAACGAACGACUUCUGUCGAAUGAUGGACCGCCAUCCGAGACGAUUGGUGUCGAGGAGUCUGUCGUUGAGCACAAAAGCACCUGGUACUUGAUCCUGCUGACAACAGCCAUCGGAGGGCUACAGAUAGUCUGGUCUGUUGAACUAUCCAAUGGCUCACCUUACUUGUUGUCUCUUGGCAUGAGCAAAGCUCUUCUUGCCGGGGUUUGGCUUGCUGGUCCCUUGACAGGAGCUCUUGUUCAACCAUACAUUGGUAUCCGAAGUGAUCGAUGUCGCGUGUCAUGGGGAAGACGCAAACCAUUCAUGAUCGCCGGUACCCUUGGAGUGGUCGCUACAUCGAUGAUUCUUGCAUACGCCCGAGAUAUUGUCCGACUCAUUGGGCGGCUCGGCCAAGAUGCGCCAUAUACAGGCGCCUACAUGACUGCGACGAUAGUACUGGCUACAGUCAUGAUGUGGUGUCUUGACUUCUCAAUCAACACUGUCCAAGCAGCCAUACGUGCGUUCAUCGUCGAUGGUGCCCCAUCUCACCAGCAAGAGUCAGCCAAUGCUUGGGCAUCUCGCAUGACCGGCGUGGGAAACGUACUUGGCUACGUCUUCGGCUACCUCGAUCUGCCGAAGUACUUCCACUUCUUCGGAAACACCCAGUUCAAAGUCCUUGUUGUCAUUGCAUCUAUUGCCCUAUGCUCGACUGUUCUGACCAGCAUCCUGGCCGUCAAGGAACGAAACCCAAGGCUAGACCCAGCUUCGAAAGCAGACCCAGAUUCUAACGGAUUCAUUGCCUUUUUCAAGCAAGUCUUUGUCUCGAUCAAGCGCCUGCCACCCCCAAUACGCAAGGUCUGCGAAAUUCAAUUCUUCCAUUGGAUGGGCUGGUUCCCGUUUCUGUUCUACAUCACUACCUACAUUGGCCAGCUCUACGUUGACCCACACCUUGAGCCGGGCCUUCCAGAUGCUGAGGUAGAGAAGCUGUGGGCAAAGGCAACUCGAGUGGGGACAUUCGCGCUUCUUGUGUACGCAAUCACGGCCUUUGCAUCAAACAUCAUACUGCCAUUCUUAGUAGUGCCGGCGUACAAAAGACCAGAAGAUACGGACGAAGUGGACCAAAUUUUCACUCAACCUGUGCUCACUCCCACCUCUCCGAUUGGCACGAGAUUUUCGGAAUAUCCUUGGUUUGAGGCUCACCAUCACAGAGCGCACAGUCAACCAGUGACGCCAAACACUCCGAUUGGAACAAGAUAUAACGAAUAUCCGUUCUUCGAAAAUCCUCGUAGGUCGCAGAGUGAUCUCAACGUUCGUCGCCAUGCCUCGAGGGACUCUCAGCUGACCGAUACCACCGUUCAAGAGCCGAGUCGCCUCAAGCGGUGGUUAGGCAAGGUCCAGAUCCCCGGACUGACUCUUCGACGGACAUGGUUAAUGUCUCAAAUUCUGUUCUCCCUAUGUAUGUUCAGCACCUUCUUCAUCAGAACGCCUCUAGCUGCAACCAUCAUGACAGCUCUUGUGGGUGUUUCCUGGUCACUGACGCUCUGGGCGCCAUUCGCUCUGAUCUCUGCCGAAAUUUCCAAGCGAGACGAAAAGAGACGGAAGAGGUACAGGCAGCGCCUGAUAGAUGGAGAAGACGGCAUGACCGAUGACAAGUUUGAUGAGGAAGAAGACCAGGCAGGCAUCAUCCUUGGCCUACACAAUGUUGCCAUCAGCGCUCCACAGAUCGUGGCCACACUCAUCAGCAGCGCUAUCUUCAAGCUACUGCAAAAGCCUCGAAACGUACCUGGAGAUGUCAGUGUGGGGUGGACGCUUAGGAUUGGCGGAGCAGCGACACUGAUAGCCGCCUUUAUCACCUGGAAAAUGCAGGAGCCCGCAGAUGAGGUGGAUGAAGAUUUAUGAGUUCACUUGAUGCGGACUAUCGCCACUGUCUGUAGAGGAUUCGAGUGAAAUUCGACUGUGUUGUGUCUCCGGCACCUGCCACGCCUUUCAGGGCUGGAAGCACAAUGACCACCAUGUUUGUGGUUGUUGGGCAUGCUGGCAAGGGUUGCCGCCCGAGUGAGCGAAGUACCAUCUCAUGGUGGGUAUGCGGACAUUGCGGACGCUCUAGCAGAGCAGACUGUUGAUCUAUUCGACGGAUACUAUAGAGAAGGAAGGGGCGGUGGAUUAAGCGAAUAUGGUGAAUGGCUUGUUCUGUAGCUUGCUCAUCCUCUAGUCUUGUUAAAACUUUGCACGCGGCCGCAGAGCAUGGAUGAUACAUGGGGUAUAGGUGUUUGUUAUCUCCAAACUCCAGAUGCAUCGAGAAUCCAAUAUGAUAGGC